AUGUUAUUACGGAUGUCCAACUCGAUUCCCAGAAGCGCUGAAGUUUUUAAGUACGCUGCGAAUGGGGACAUCCUUGGCCUACAGUCGCUUUUUGACCUUGGGAAGGCUUCCCCUUUCGACGUGUGCUCCGUUAAGGGACAAUCGGCGUUACGUUAUGCUGUCUCAAAGAACCAACUCGAUGUUUGCGAGUUCCUCUUACAAAAACAAGCUGACCCGUUUCUCGAAGAUCGAACUAAUCUUUGCGCCUUUGAUAUUGCGUGGAACAAGAUAUUCUCGGGAAAAGCUAGCAGAGACAUGCAAGCUCGCCUGCAGGCUCUGUUCCUGAAAACUGAUAGACUUGAGCAGCGUGGCUUCUCGAAGCUCCACCAGGGGAUCCUUGGUCUUCGACAUGUCAAUCUCGAAGAAGAACUCCGAUUUUCCUCCCGGACAGCUAUCAACCAAAAGGAUGCAGAUGGUCGGACUGCGGUAUCUUGGGCUGCUUGGAGAGGAGACAUCGAUGCGGUCGAGCUGUUUACCAAGUACGGAUCCGACAUUAAAAUACCCUCUAAAAGGCAAAUAGCCCCGAUUCACUACGCCCUGGAAAGCGGAAGUGCCUCUGUGGUGCAAUUUCUACUCAACACAGGUGCAGACCCGAACCAUCCUAGCGAUGAGGGAUUAACUCCUUUACAUUGGCUGAUUGCAACCCAUGACCGCCCUGACCUUGUUCAAUUGUUGGUUGAAUAUGGUAGUGCUCUGAACUGUGGCGACUUUACCGGGACCACGCCGCUCAUGACUGCCGUGCAGCAUAAUCGUCCUCGAAGCGUAAGAAAAUUGAUCGAGCAGGGUGCCAAUCUUGAGGAAGAAGACGAAGAAGGGUGGACGGCCCUCAAUUUGGCUAUCUUCAUGAAUCGACACGAAUGCCUCAAGAUUCUUCUCGAUGCCCAGGCCAACUGCGAACACAUCACUAGUGACGGCAGCUCAAUACUACAUUUUGCGGCUGAGAAUGCGGAUCUCAAGACAAUGCAAUCGUUAGUUCGACGUUCCUCGCACCUUCAUUUCCCGAUUGAUAGCAAACGGCAGGAGGAUGGCCUUACAGCUUUGGAGCUUGCGGAGGAGAGGACCGUCACAGAUGAAUGGCAACUGAUGUUUCUAAAGUUAUGUCAGUGUACAUGA